AUGCACAGAAAACUUUCCAAGAAAUGGUGAGCUGAAGAAGUAAAUGAAAAAUAUUCGAUCUUACGAUUCUUUGUUUACAGAAACAUAAAUAUUUGCAUAUUUUUGCUCCUUAUUUUUGCUUUAUGUGCUCCUAACAGUCUUAAUCUCCUUGUUCAAGCCUUGCCAAUAAUGAUUUUUCAAAUAUUAUUUUGCUUUCUAGUCAAUUACUUUGAUACAAAAGAUGAAAAUAAAAAGGCUUUAUUCGCAAUAAUUUACUCACUCUCCCUUCCGUGAACGAACAGAACCAUUGGAAAAAUACCUCUUUUUGCCCAAAGACCCACCCUCCUUGAGUGAACAAAAAAUUUUGUAUGAAAUAUAUAAGUGAUAAUUAUUAUAAUUAAAUCUGAGCUAAUUUUGUUUAAUUUGAAGCAACCUGCAUUUUAAAACAUAAAUUUUAGAAAUUAAAUUAAUAUUUGCUUUCUAAUUUUUGCGAAUUGGAAUGUUUUUAAUUUCGUAAUAAAAAUUUACUAUAAAAUUUAUAUAUAAAAAUUAGGAUGGGAAGUCAGAAUCUUGCUGCAUUGGCCUAUUUUGACUCUCUUACAAUCAUCUUAAAGACCACGUUAUACUAUGCGAAAUGUUUUAUGCUAUUCUUAUGAUGGCAUUUGAAAUCCCUUUAAUACAGACUCAUUGAGUUAGAUAUGCAGUCACAAUUAAGCAUGCAUUUAUGUGGCAUUAUAUUAACUACUUCAAUGGAAAUAUUACUUUCGAUUAUAGCAUCACUCCUCACAUCCCUACAGUCCUCUGUCUGUUUAUGUAUAACCACAUGACUAAUAUGAGGUCUGAAAUCUCUUAUGAACGUUUUUUAAAUAGAGAAGGAAAAUCAAAAGUAAAAAGAAGACUAGCUUUCCCUCCUUCUUUAAAUUUAAAAUAAAUAUAGGCAAAAUUUCCAUUGUUGAAUAAAUUAACCCCAUUUAAAUGGAUCAAAUAAUGUUUUCAAUAGUAAAAAGGCUAAUCUUUACAUAAAUUGAUUCUCUAUGAAAAUUAUUAAAAAUCAAAAUUAUUGCAUUUAAUUUUAUUUUAAAAAUAUUUAUUAAAUUUUUUUGUUAUCUCCAAAAAAAAAAUUAAUGACCUUUAAAUAUGGUGGAGUAAGCAUAAUUGUAAAUGCAUUCCCAGAUGGGAUUUUUAUUCUUUCAGAAAAUCUUGAAAUAGUUUAUACAAAUGAUAAUUUAUUAAGUUUAUUACAUUGUGACGAUCAACAUUUGAUGGAAGUUAUUUCAUCUAUUACUUAUUAUGAAGGUAAGAAAUACUCAAAUUUUUCAAAUUCAAAUCUAUUGAUAGAAGACUUAAAAGAAAUUUUUAACCAAAACAUCAGCAAUGGCUUUAUGCUUGGGAUAUCAUUAUAUGGGGGAAAUAACUAUGAGUGAAAAGGACAAAAAAUAAUUUGAGAAGACCAGCAUGCAAUUGCCAUAAUUGUAAGAGAUGCAAAUCAUAUUAUACAGCUUGAGCAGUCAAUUUCAGAUAGUAAAGUAAAAACUGUUAUAUUAAGGUCUGUAUCGCAUGAAUUGAGAACUCCUAUUAAUGCCAUUGCUUUUCUUGUAGAAGAACUGCUUGAAAAAAAGAAUGAGAAUUGAACAGAAGGUGAAGAAGAAAAACUUAGAAUUAUUUCAAUUUCCACAAAACUGCUCCUAACACUAGUUAAUGAUUUGCUUGAUUAUAGUAGAAUGCUGGCAGGAGCUUUUUCAAUCAGGAAAUGUGAAUUUAACUUGAGAUCUGCAAUAAAAAAUGCAUGAGAACUUAUAAAAUUGCAAGCUGUUAAGAAAAAUUUAAAAUUGACUCUAAGAAUUGACCCUUCUCUUCCAGUUAAUAUAUAUAGUGAUCAGCUGAGAUUUAGCCAGGUACUUUUAAACCUUCUUUACUCCCCCCCCCCCCCUCCGUGAGCGAACAAAAAAAUUUUUGUUCACUCACGGAGGGGGGUUAAUUUUUUUUUUAAAAACACAAUUUAUAUAUAUAAAUUUUAUAAAAAAAUAUUUUUUUCGAAAUUUAAAAAAAAUCCUAAUUUGCAAAAAUUGGGAAGCAAAUAUUAAUUUAAUUUGCAAAAUUUAUGUUUUAAAACGCAAUUUGUUUAAAAUUAAACAGAAUUAGCUCUAGAUUUCAUUAUACUAAUUAUCACUUAUAUAGCAAAAUUUUUUCUAUUAAAAUUUUUUCUAUUAAAAAUAUUUUUGUUCACUCACGGAGGGUGGGUUUUUGGUCAAAAAAUGGCGAUUUUUCUAAUGGUUUUGUUCGCUCACGGAGGGGGGGGGGGAGUUAGCAAUGCACUUAAAUUUACCUUGCAUGGCUCAAUCGAAGUUACCUUCGUUCUGAGCUUAAUGAAUCAAUUAAAAAUUACUGUUCAAGAUACUGGAAUAGGUAUUGAUUCAGACAAAAAGAAUAGAUUAUUCCAAGAAUUUAGUUCAGAUGGAUUGCCAACCAUCAAUCCCCAUGGUUGUGGUUUAGGCCUACAUAUAUCAAACAAAAUAGCCAAAGAACUAGGAGGAAGUUCUAUUAAAGUAAAGUCUCAAGUUGGUCAAGGCUCUGCUUUUUCAUUUGAUAUUGACAUAUUUGAUCAUAAUUCAAGCUUGAUUGCUGAAUCCUUAGAUUAUGGCACUUAUAUGGAUGAAAACCCUGAUCUUGGGAUUCCCUUCAGUUUGCCUUUGAUAUCACAUAAAUCUGAAUCACAUCAAGUUCUCAUUGUUGAUGAUAACGAUUUUAAUAGGGUUAUUUUAGCUUCACUUUUGAUGAAAAAUGGAAUACCGACCUUGGAAGCAUGCACUGGGAAGCAAGCUGUUGAUUUAAUUUUAAAGAACAGCACCAAGGAAAAGAUUCCGAUAAAAGUAAUUGUUAUGGAUGGAGAAAUGCCAGAAAUGAAUGGCUGAGACGCAACUAAAAAAAUCCAUGAAAUGUAUUUUAAAAAAGAAAUAAAGUUUCUGCCGAGUAUAAUUGGAUAUACAGCCUAUAACACAGACGAGGAUAUUUCAAACUGUUUUAAAUGUGGCAUGCAAGAGUGUCUGAUAAAACCUUGUGCUGCAGAUAAAAUAUUAGCAACAAUAAUAAAAUUUUUAUAA